AAGAAGACGAACAGUACAAACACGAGUUUACAGUCAAGUGGGAGAUACGCAGUUUAGAAGAAUUAACGAUGAAAACAGAAACACAACACAAACAGCAGAAGAAUGAUAAGCAGUUCAGUAUGAAGAAGUCAAAGAAACAUUCUGAUCCUUCGUCAGACGAUCACCUUCAGCGGAUACCUCAGCGUUUGCGUGACAUCAUGAAGAGCAAGGAGAGGAUGAAACAAGGUUCCCAGAAGAGGAAGAAGAAAGCCUCUACACCAAAACUGCCAAAAGGAGUACAAGGAGAUAUUCCUGUUCCACUCUUCCGCAAAGGGAGACAGGAGUCAGAGAAAGCAUACCUCCGCCGCAUGACGGAAGAGAGUGAGCAUGUUUUAUUCCUCACUAACAACCAGAUAGAUCGAAAACCAGAGCUGGAAGUGAAAAAAGAAGAGGAACAGACAGUAGAGAAGAAAUCUACUAAAAAGAAAGGGUUAAGUAAAUCAAAACUACUGCAACAGAAAAAAAAGUUAGACCAGCGACAGGAACGUGAAGAAGAAGAGAUGUUUAAAGAUGAGGUACCGUUUGGAGAGGUUGCAAUGGCUCCACCAUCACUAAGUGUGAAACCAAAGAAAGCCCCAGUCAAACCUCAGGGGGCACCCAAAUGUCUGCUCCUGAACUCGCUGCUGGGGCACAGUCCUGUGUCAGUGGCAAAACCCUCUAUGGCGAGGAAGAGGAUGAUGGAGGAAGAGAGGGAACGAGUUGUACAGCUGUACAGAAAUAUGAAGAAACAGCAGAGAGACAAACACGAGAAAGACAAAGCUGCUUGGAGGAAAUCCACAUGAGACUGUACUAGUUUUAUAUUAUCAUAUAUUGCUGUAAUGUAUUUGCAUCAUCCACAACAAUAAAAAUCCUUUUUGAAAU